AUGAGCUUCGCGCUGCUGCUCCUGGUCGGCGCCGCCGCCGCGGAUCGCUUCGGCCUGCGGCCGGACUGGCCGCUGGAGGGCCUGCGGCCGCUCGAGUCGCUGGCGCUCUGCGGCAACGCGACCUACAAGCCGCUGUGCGACCGCGCGGCGCGCUUCCGCGCGCUGAUGCAGCAGCGCCCGCGCGCGCCGCCCCGCGCGCUGCCGGACCGAAGCGCGGCGCCGCUCCGCGUCCACGCGGUGCCGCCGAGCUGGCUGACGCGCGGCGCCGGCGGGCCCGACGUGGCGUGCGAGGUCCCCUGCGCGUACGCGGUCGGGCUCGGCGACGCGAACCUCACGCUCGGGAGCCUGCGGCCCGUCGGCGGCGCGCCCGCCGCCGCCGUGCUCAACUUCGAGAGCACGACGAAGCACUGGCGGCCGCUCGCGCGCGGCGGCGCGCUCGCGCUCACGUACAGCCGCUACGCGGACGUCGUCUACGAGUUCCACCGGCGCGAGGACGUCGACUGGGCCGCGCGCGCGGCGCCGCCGCGGCCGCGGACGCCGGCGCGGACGCCGUCGUCGGCGGUCUACGUGAGCCACUGCGUCCCCUGGCGCGCGGCGUUCCUCGCGGAGCUCGAGGCCGCGGGCGUCGCCCUCGAGCGCCACGGCGCCUGCGCGCCCGGCCGGCGGCGCGAGGCCUGCGGCGCGCGGACGGACUUCAACAAGCGCUGCAAGAUCGACGGUCUCGCCGCGCACCCCUUCGCGAUCACCAGCGCGAUCACGGUCGAGAACUCGCUCCUCGACGCGCGUCCGCCGGCGCCGGACUACGUCACCGAGAAGUGGAGCCACGCGUGGGCCUCGGGCGCCGUCGUCGUCUACGUCGGAUCGCCGCUCAUCCACGAGCGGGAAGCGGACUACCCGCCCUUCAUCAACGGGCUCGACUUCGCCGGCCCGGGCGCGCUCGCCGCCUACCUCCACGAGGUCCUCGCGAACGACACGCUCUGGCGGCGCUACGCGGCGCGCGGCCCGCCGCCGAACGCGACGCGCGCGUCGGGGCGCCACUGGGGCGGCAUCACCCUCGACCGCCACGUGGCGCAAGGUCCGGACGCGAUGCGCGCGUACUUUUUGUGGCUGUUCGCGAGCCACGAGCGAUGCGCGUCGGUGCCGAAGACGUGUCCCGUCGGGUCGCCGCGGGCCUUCGGCAUCAAGCUCCAGCUCCUGCGGUACUUCAAGAUCGACCAGAUCGGCCAGGUCGCCGCCGCGCUAGUCGGCGCCGGCAUCCGCGUGUUCUUCCUGAACCGCGAGAACAAGCUGGACCGGGAGAUCAGCAAGCACUCGUCGACCCUCCACUGCCCCGCGCUCGGGGAGGCGAGGCACGACCCGCUGUGCCUGGCGACGAUCGCGAGUCGACCGCCGGCGAGGCUGGACUGCGCGACCACCGUCUCCGGCAUGCGGUCGUCCAUGUCCCAGUGGGCGGCGACCUACAAGGCGUUCGCCCGCGCCAGCCAAAACGUCGCGACCCCGUUGACGCUGGAUCUCACGUACGAAGCCCUCGUCGCCGACCCGAGGGAGUGGGAGCGGAUCGUCGAGUGGGUCGGUAUGGCGCGCUCGACGGCCUGCGAGCUCCGGGCGCGCCUCGAGAAGAAGCAGACCAAGUCCCAGCGCGACGCGGUCGGGAACUACGACGACAUCGAGGCCUGCCUGCGGGACGCGGACCAGAGGAAGAACCCGAGGGACGCGGACGUCGCGCCCUUCCUUCGCGGGCGCGUGCCCUCGCCGGCCGCGAGGUUCCCGUCCGAGGACCCCGAGCUGUGCCCGGGCUUGGGCGACGCGUCCGCGCGGUCCCCGCCGCCGUCGCCCGCGCCCGCGCGGCCCUGCGGGGACGACUGGAGCGGCGGCGACGCGUGGAUCUACGAACCGACGCCGCAGCUUCGCACCUUCAAUUUCUGCAAGAAAGUCGUCCAGCUCUCGCGCUGGCCGCUCGUCCGGGGCGACAUGCUCCUGGUGACGACCGGCGGGCUGCGGGGCGCCGUCUUCCAGCGCGUCUCCGAGGGCGGCUUCGACCCGGAGACGCGGGCCUUCGACGGCGUCCUGCGGAUCGAGCGCGCGGCCGGCGGCGCGGCCACGGGGCGCCCGCUCCACUUCGAGACGCAGGACCGGAACCACUCGAGGGCGGCCCUCGACGACCUCCGCGGCUGCUGGCGGCAACCGACGCCGGCGCCGGCCCCGGUCUUCGCCUUCGUGUCCGACCCCCUCGACAACUUCCUGCGGGGGUUCGCGCAGCUCAUGGCCAGCAGCGCCGAGAAGCGCAGCAGGGGCGAGUCGGCGACCCAGGCGAUCUCGCGCCGCGCCUUCCCGUCGCCCGCCGCCCGCCUCGACGCGUGGCUCGAACUCCAUCGCGUCGGACGCGAGACGACGGGCCUCGACCGGCGCGUCGCGCUCCAGUCCUGGUUCCUCGCCUACGACGCUCGCGUCGCCGACCAGCGCUUCCAGGUCGCCGCCCUCUGGGACGCCACCAAACUCGACGACGUCCUCGCGGAGGCCGGCUACAACGUCAGCGCGCGACCCCCCCGAAGGAGCCCCCCGAAAGAGGCCGCGUUCCUCGUGGACCGCGCCGACCUGAGCGCCUUCGCCUGGGCCGCCCUCUGCGGCUACCUCGCCGACGACUACGGGUGCCUCGCGUACGAGGAGGACCACUUCACGAACCCGUUCACGCGCGUCUUCGGCCUCGCGUCGGCGCCGGGCCGCGCGUGCCGCGCCUGGCCCGCCGACGCCUGCGGCGGCUGCGACCCGGCGCGCGCGGAGUGCCGCGUGUCCGGCCCGGCGCUCGGCCGCGACGACCUCGAGCGGUGCCCGGCGUCCGCGCGGCUCCGGCCCCUGAGCCGCGAGGACCUCGCGGCCGCGCGCGACGCGCUCGGCCGCUUCGACGCCGUCGUCCCCGUCGAGGCCUUCGACGACGAGGCCGAGGGAUGGCUCCUGGCCAAGCUCGGCCUCGGCGCGCUCGACGCCGACCGCGUGCCCAUCCUCUGGAAGGGCCGGCCGCCGCCGAAGCCCACGAAGCGCGGCCGCGCGCCGGGCCCCGCGCCGCUCGCCGUGAACCGGAACGCCGAGGACGCGCUCCCGCCGGAGGCGCUGCGCCCGCGGAUCCUCGAGGACCUCUGGCUCGACGUCGAGCUCUACUGCGAAGCGGCGCGCGCGUGGCGGGCCGCGCUCGACGCCUGGCGCGGCGAGCCUCCCUCCGCGGCGAGCGCGCGCGGCUGCGCCGAGCUGCUCGAGGAGACCCACGGCGCGGCCGGCGUCCGCGCGCGGGACCGCGCGCCGGCGACCCGGGACGCGGCCCUCGCGCAAUGCCCGCGCCUCUCGAACGGCACCGCGUGCUGCACGCACGCGACGGACAAGCUCGCGCACCAGCUCUUCUCGAGGUGGACGAUGGGCUGCUCUCCCAGGCAUGACGGUCGUCGGCUGCUGGCGGCGGCGCUGCUGGUCAUCGGCGUGUGCGCGCAGCGCGCCAGCGUCCGCACGGCCAGCGGCCGCGUCGUGGCGCCGCCGGGGUUCUAUGCCAUCGGCUGCACCAAAUGCGGCACGUCGACGCUCCACUCGAUAUUACUCCACCAUCCCGACGUCGCUUCCACGUGCAAGUCGACGACGUGGGUCCGCCGCAUGCACUACGUCGCCAACGCGACGCUCGCAACGCACCCGGCGCGCGUCGCGCCCGCGUCGGCGACGGGCAACAGGCGCGCGUACGCGGCGUGGAUCGAGGCGGCGCGCGCGCGAGCGGCGGACCUAACCGCCUCCGCCCGCGACGGCGCGGGGCUCGACGAGGCCUUCGCCGCGUGGUACAUGUACGACAAGGUCGCCACGGACCUGCUCUGGCGCUGGGACGCCAUCGCCGGCGACGGCGACGACGGCGCGCUCCGGGCGUCGACGCUCGCGAACCUCGCGGCCGCCGCGGCGCCGCGCGGGAGCGUGACGGCCGCGCUGCGGCGCGACGAGGCGGCCCAUUUCCCCGCGGCGCGCGACCCGCCGGCCGCGGCGCGCGCGUCCGAGGACGAGUACGCCGCGCAGCUCGCGCGCGCCGCGCGCUACGCGGGCACGCGGAGCGCGGCCCUCUGCCGGCCCGAGGCCUGGGCCCUGCUCUGCAAGGAGCCGCGCUUCUAUGGGUCGCCGCAGCGCGUCAAGGGCUACGACGCCUACCUCGAGGACUUCGCGCCGGCGCUGGAAAGCCCGCGCGACCGCGCGGACCCGCCGCUCGUCGGCGACUUCACGGCGUGCCUCUUCUACGGCUGCGACUCGCGGGACCCCGCGGCGACGGCCGCGGACAUUCUGGCGACGUCGCGGGCGCCGCCGAGGUUCGUCGUCGUCGUCUGCGAGCCCGCGCGGCGCGCGCGGUCCUACCUGCGCAUGACCUGCGCAAGCGUCGGCUCGCCGAAGCGCCACGCCUGCGCCGACGGGCUCGCGGGCCAGGCCGCCGUCGCGCGCGCGCAGCUCGCGCGCGCGGGCUGCGGCGCGGAGAUCUACGCGGCCGACGGCGGCGCGUCGUGGCGCGCCAAGGGCUGCCUCGCCCGGGCCUACCGCGCCGCGGGCAACGCGCUCGUCCGGGGCUUCUACGGCGACUGGCUCGAGGUCUGGCUCGCCGCGACGGACCGCGUCUACGUCGCGCAGCUCGAGGCGCUCGACGCCGCGGCGCUCGACGCGCUCCACGACUUCCUCGGCCUCGCGCGGCACGCCUACAGCGACGUCGUCCUCGCGGAGCGCCUCAACGUCGCCAAGGCGCUCCGCGCCGACGGCGCGACGCGCUUCGAGGCCGGCCCCGUCGAGGCCGUGCCCGACGCGGACGCCGCGGCGCUCCGCGAGCUCCGGGAAAACGUCUUCGCGGCGCCCCUGCGCCACUUCUGCGCCACGGCUUGUACGAUGGGCUGCCUGCGCGCCGCCAUCCUGGCGGCCUCGCUGCUCGCCGCAACGUGCGACGACGAGGCGCUGUGGUUCUUCGGCGCGGACGCGGAGUGGACGGGCCCCGUCGGCUACCUGAAGAACCUGAUGCCCGACGCCGAGGCCGUGGCGCGGGCCGGCACGGACGCGCGCUGGUCCGCGAACGCGAGCGCCUGCGGCGCGCCGCCGCUGAACCACACGUGCUCGCCGUCGCGCCUCGCCGCGCCGGCGCUGCCGCGGACCGGCGACCUCUGCGCGGCCGUCGACGGCCUGUCGAUCCUCGUCGUCGGCGACAGCUACGCGCGGCACGUCUACGUCGCGCUCGCGCUGCUCCUGAGCGGCGACCUGCGCGCGGGCGCGCUCAAGGCCGGCGCCGACGGCGCGGCGAACUGCCACUACGCGAAGCAGUUCGGCGAGCACGCCAAGGAGGCGCGCCAGGCCUGCCGGCUCUUCGUCGCGAAGCGGCUGUCCGUCUGCGGCGGCCGCGCGCGGCUCCGCCUCGCGGAGGCCGCGUGCCCCGAGGUGACGCUCGUGAACCUGCGGCGCAACCAGGUCGUCGCCUACGGCCUCGGCGCGCACCCCUGCGCGCGGGGCGGCGCCAAGGGCCCGAAGCACCUGAGCUACAACGCGACGGCGUUCGAGGCGGGCUUCGCGCGGCCGCUCUGCGGCGGCGACGCGGAGAUCCGGGACCGCGCCGCGGCCCAGCUCUUCUGGCUCGACACGCACUUCCGGCCGUCGAGCUUCGGGCCCUACGACGGCCCGGACCGCGUCUUCGACUUCCACGCGCGCGCGGCCGCGGCGAUGCGCGCCGCGUGCGCCGCGCCGACGGUGUCGGCCUACGACGACACGCGCGCCCUCGUCGCGACGCCGGGGUCGCAGUGGCGGCGCAUGACCUUCGACGGCGUCCACUGGGGCCUCCAGGUCAACGCGCUCAAGGCGCUGCGGCUCCUCGACCGCGUCGCCGCCGUGCCCGCGGCGCGGCGCGUCGCGGAGCACCGCGUCGACCGCCGGCCGGGCCGCGUAACGCCUUAG